GUAUGCAUAACUACAUCUACAGUAGGGAAUGAAAACUCUCUGUACAACCUGAUUGGGCCAUUGGAAUUUGAGUGGUUGUAUUUGACCAUCUGAAAUCUGACAAAUGUUUCCCUAAAUCACUGUUAGUUUGUAUCUAUUUUGUGUACUCACAUAUAUAUGUAUAAAUUGAAAAGUUUAUUUCUUCGCCCUCAUUCCUUUCUUAUAAGACUUACGCACUAACUUUGUUAACUAUAAACUUAGUUUAACUUAGUUUAACUAAACAAAAAUAAGAUUUUAGUAUCUAGUACUGUGAUCUGUUGUUUUUAGGAGCAAUAGUAUUUAGUUCAUAUGCUAAAAUAUUACACUUGCACAUUUUUAUGUUACAUCUGCCUCAUCAUUAUCAUCGAGGCAAGAACAAGAACAAAGGAUUAUGAUAAAAAUUUGGGCGUAAAAGCAGUAACAAGACUGGUAAGUCUUUGUUUAGUUUGCUUUUUCCUUUAGACUUAAUAUUUAAGUCAAUUUACCAAAACUUUGUCCUUUUUGUCAUGUCAUCAUCAAAAGUCCAUUUAGAAUUGGAUUGAUGAAGAACUAUAACGGGAUUUAAAAAUUAUUUUAAAAAUACAUACUAAGAAAAGAAACAUUCUCCUGUAUUAUUUACGAGCUGAUGAAUUACGAUGACAUUACAACUUUACUAAAGAUGGAUGUUUUCAUUAAAUGUUAUACAUAUGUUCAAAAUAGGGAAGAAACAGCUUAAAGUGAAGUUGCUCAAUUCCAGAGAUAAACAAUUUCAUUAAUUCGUCAAAGUUGAUAAACAACUUAAGUAGUUUUAAUAUAUAUACGUUUCUACAUUGAUUAAGAUUUCAGUACCGAAGACGAAAAUUUGAAAUUUCAAUGAGUACACUUCUUUUUUAAAUCACUUUAGGAAUAUUCGAAGUACUUUAGAAGACUAGAAAUGUUCGCUUAAGGAAGCUAUGAUUGGAUAUUCUCAUGCAUCUCAAAACACAAUGUGGUAUGGAAGGAGAGGAAUGCAUGGAUGAUUUCAAUUGUUGUGAAGAGUAUGAAUGCAGCCCUGAUUUGCAAUGUCAACUUAGGAAUGCUAAAAAUAAAAUUGCAGGAUCUUACCGAAAUUUAUGUGUAGCUGAUUAUGAUUGUCUACCAGGAUGGUGUUGUGAAGGCAAACUAUAUGCACGUCGCUGUACACAAGAUUGUAAUAGAAAAACUGAACCAGAUGUUGUUCCAGCUGGAAGUUAUUAUGGACGACAAUUUUGGAAUUUAUGGGCACACAAACGUCAUAUGGAUCGUUAUCAUUAUUGAACAUUUAAUGGAUAAAUCAAUUCAAAAUAUUAUUUACUUAUUUAUUCAUCAAAGAAUAUUUGAAAACUUUAAUUUGGUUGUGAUAAACAAUAAUGGUUGUGAUGUAACCGGUUGUGAAUAAAUUUCAUUUCAUUUGAAUUUUAGAAGAAAGUUUAAAACUGUGUUUACUUAUAAAUCAAAUAAAUUAUUCUCAUUUCC